AUUUGCUCCAGCUCCAGUGCAGGAACGACUCAGCUGCAUGGCCAGGAAUAACUCCAUCUACGUGGUUGCAAACAUUGGGGACAAGAAGCCAUGUAACUCCAGUGAUCCCAACUGCCCCAGUGAUGGUCGUUAUCAGUACAACACUGAUGUCAUCUUUGACCCGGAGGGGAAACUGGUGGCUCGAUACCACAAGUAUAAUCUCUUUAUGUCAGAAACUCAGUUUGAUUACCCAAAAGAGCCAGAAGCUGUCACCUUUGAGACCCCAUUUGGGAAGUUUGGCAUUUUCACUUGCUUCGACAUCCUUUUCCAUGACCCUGCCGUGGUCCUGGUGAGGGACUUGCAGGUAGACACCGUGCUCUUCCCGACUGCUUGGAUGAACGUCCUGCCAUUCCUGACUGCGAUUGAGUUUCAUUCUGCCUGGGCUAUGGGCAUGGGUGUCAACUUCCUAGCUGCCAAUAUGCAUGACACGAGCAUGUCUAUGACAGGGAGCGGCAUUUAUGCACCAGAUGGAGCCAGAACAUAUUACUACAACAUGAAAACUGAGGAUGGUCGCCUCCUUCUUGCUGAACUAGAUUCACACCCUCGCUUUUCUCCUGCCUCCCCACCUGCUGUCAAGUGGAGCUCAUAUUCUUUGAGUGUCAAAGGAUUCUCACUGAAUUACUGUGAUUUCAGUGGACUCAUCUUCCAUGACCAGUUCACUCUCACUGAGCUCACUAAGCCUGAGGGGAAUGUCACUGUCUGCCAGAAGGAUCUCUGCUGUCACUUGAGCUACAAGAUGGCAGGGAAACGAGAAAACGAAAUUUAUGUGCUGGGUGCUUUUGAUGGGCUUCAUGUUGCUGAAGGACAAUACUAUCUGCAGACAUGCACGCUGCUCAAGUGCAAGAGCACAGAUCGGAACAUGUGUGGGCAGCCAGUGGAGACGGCUCAGACCAAGUUUGAGAUGUUCUCCCUCAGUGGCACAUUUGGCACCAACUAUGUCUUUCCAGAAGUCUUGUACAGCGGGGUGCAGCUGGCCCCCGGGGAGUUUGAGGUAUUGAAUGAUGGACGCUUGAUAAGUAAGACAAGACCAACAAAACCAGUCGUCACUGUGACACUUUUUGGACGGUGGUAUGAAAGGGAUCAUCUGAAACAAGACCCACAGCCACCAGCCUUCCCAUAUUACCAUAACUGAAGCUAUGCACUAUUAAUCUUAUGUCCAAAUGAGAUAUAACAUCCUCUACUACAAUUGCAAUUAUGUUUCUUCUUUCCAGUUGCCCAAAUUUCUUAUCAAUG